AAUACAGCUUCAGAUAUUGAUAGAUCACGCAAGGAAUUUCCUCCUUGACUCGAAGGCAUGUCUGACAUGAGCCCGGCUGCCGGGUCUCUGAUUGGCCACGGCGCACACUUGCCAAUCCUGCUGUUGAUACGAGUUAAGCGGGGAUAUGUUUGCUUAAAUGAUCCGAGUUUCCCCUCGCUUCUGGCCGGGAUCCGUGCCCGAUUUUGGCUUUGAGCUUACUUCCUAAUCCGACGUAUCAUACUUUGGUGACCGGUCGAAUACGAUGAACACCUUGCAAUUGCAAACAACUCUAGAGUCCGGUCUAGAUGGCCAAGGAGCUGCAGCUGCAAGUCUUGGGAUCCUGCUGCAUAUGAGCAUCUUUCGUACCAAUUUUCCUGCCGAAGAUUACAUGUAUACCCUGUUGGGACUCCAUGUGUUAAGUUUGCUUGUAACGGCCUACGCUUAUUGGGUAAUAGCUCAGUUCUCAUUAUGGUACACUAUUAUGCGCGUCGGGUACCUGUCAUUCUCGUUCAAUGUGGGCCUGCUGCUCAGUAUCAGUGUGUAUAGGUUGUUCUUUCAUCGCCUGAAAAAAUUUCCCGGACCUCUGGGAUUGAAACUCACUCGGUUUUACGACGCUUACCUUGCGGCGAAAGACGUACAAUACCAUGUCGAAAUUGGAAAAUUGCAUGAUCAAUACGGCGACUUUGUCCGAACAGGUCCUCGAGAGGUCUCUAUAGUGCGCAAAUCUGCCGUGUCGUUGAUCUUCGGUCCACAAUCCAAGUGCACCAAAUCGACAUGGUAUGCUCAGGUAUCGACGGAUCCUAAGUCAUGUUCCAUUCAUCACACCCGCGAUAUUGAUGAUCAUCGUAAGCGACGGAAGGCAUGGGAUAGAGGGUUAUCCGUGAAGGCACUUGGAACCUAUGAGUCGCGGAUCAAGACCAAAGUCGACUUGCUGUCGGCGCAGAUCGGGGCCCAUUUGGACCAGAAUUUCGAUGCGACCGCUUGGUCCAUGUUUUUGAGCUUCGAUAUCAUGGGGGAAGUCGGGUUCGGUAAGGACUUCGGGAAUCUGACCACUGGAGUUGAACAUCCUGCCAUCGGGGGUAUCCAUGACAGUAUGACUGUUGCCGGAGUCAUGGGCCACAUCCCGUGGUUGUUAAACCUCCUUGGUCAACUACCAGGGGCCACGUCGGGCUAUACCGGUUUUUUCAAAUGGUGUGCGGACGAAAUCGAACGGAAGAAAAAGAUUUGGGAUGCCAAUGAAUAUCCAGAGGACAUCGUAUCGUGGUUGCUCAAAGCCUACAAAGAAAAAGAUAUCUCUGCUCCUCCGUCCGAAGAGGCGCUCCACCAGGAUUCGCGCGUUCUCGUUGUUGCUGGUAGCGAGACGACGGCGACAACCUUGGCUUCAAUCCUCUUUUAUCUCGCGAAGAACCCUGCCGUUCUGGCUAAACUCCAGAAGUACUUGGAUGAAGCGAUGCCGGACGGCCCGGGCGACUGGAGGUAUGGGAGAGUCAGGGAAAUUACGUUCAUUGAUGAUAUUAUCAACGAGACGCUUCGACUGCGGCCUGCUCUCAUGACAGGAGGUUACCGUGUCACGCCUGCUGAAGGAAUACAGGUCGACGAAAUUUACAUUCCCGGCGAUAUCAAUGUUUUUGUUCCCACGCAAGUGAUCCAGACCCACAAUAGAUAUUAUGAAGACGCCAAACAGUUCAUCCCGGAGCGAUGGACUGAAAAGAGGGAAGGAAAGGGAGCAGACGGAGCUCCAUUCUUUCCUUUUGCGUUCGGUCCGUACAGUUGUCCGGGUAAAAGUCUGGCCAUGACGAGUCUUCGCAUUUCCAUGUCCACUCUGGCACAGCAGUACGAUAUAACAUUUGCGCCGGGAGAAACGGGAGAAAUUUUUGAGAAGAGCGCACGGGAUAUAUUUACCACGGCUCUGCCGCCGCUACAGCUCCAAUUUCGAAAGCGAGCGUAAAGAUGGUGGGACAAUUCUUACCAAGAGCUUUUUCUUCUUUUCUUUCCUCCACACCGGUGCGAGUACGUCCUUUUUAUGGAGACCCUUGGGCACCGCGACACUAAGUAUUACAUUGGGGGCUCUAGCUUCAAUUGAAACUCAUUUUCGACCCGAUAUUCCCUACAUCUACUGUAGAUUUUUCUAAGGAAUUAAGGUUUCUAAGAUGGCUACA